CAUUCUCGACCGCCGGAGUCGAGCCAGGAGACUAAACGGAAGUCUUCCGGCAGCUCAAGAGAGGGACGCGCGGCACGCUCUGCGUCAUGGCUGCCGACAGUGACGAUGGCGCAGCUUCAGCUCCAGCGGCCUCAGACGGUUGUAUCAACAAAUGCCCAAAAUCUGGGGAUGAGUUAAUCCAGGUUCCUGUGGUGGAUGUGCAAAGUGACAACUUCAAGGAGAUGUGGCCAUCCCUCUUGUUAGCCAUAAAGACUGCUAGCUUUGUGGCUGUGGACACGGAACUGAGUGGGCUUGGAGACAGAAAGAGUUUGCUGAACCAGUGCAUCGAGGAACGUUACAAGGCUGUAUGUCAUGCUGCUAGGACCCGUUCUAUCCUCUCCUUGGGCCUUGCUUGCUUCAAGCUGCAGCCUGACAAGGGUGAACACUCUUACCUGGUCCAGGUGUUCAAUCUCACCCUGCUGUGCAUGGAGGAAUAUGUUAUAGAACCAAAGUCUGUGCAGUUCCUGGUGCAGCAUGGCUUCAACUUUAAUCGCCAGUAUGCCCAAGGCAUACCCUACCAUAAGGGCAAUGACAAGGGUAAUGAGAGCCAGAGCCAGUCAGUACGGACACUGUUCCUGGAGAUAAUUCGGGCCCGUCGGCCCCUUGUGCUGCAUAAUGGCCUUAUAGACUUGGUGUUCCUGUACCAGAACUUCUAUGCACACCUGCCUGAAAGCCUGGGAACCUUCACUGCUGACCUUUGUGAGAUGUUCCCGUCAGGCAUUUAUGAUACCAAAUAUGCUGCUGAGUUUCAUGCCCGCUUCACGGCCUCCUACUUAGAAUAUGCAUUCCGGAAAUGUGAGCGGGAAAAUGGGAAGCAGCGGGCAGGUGGCAACCCACACCUUACCCUGGAGUUCUGCAGCUAUCCUUCUAGCAUGAGGGCUCAUAUUGACUAUCGCUGCUGCAUGACCCCUGCAACUCACCGUCCUCAUCCCACCAGUAUCUGUGACAACUUCUCGGCCUAUGGCUGGUGCCCCAUGGGACCACAGUGUCCUCGGUCCCAUGAUAUUGAUCUUAUCAUUGACACUGAUGAGGCUGUGAUAGAGGAUAAGCGGCGGCGGCGACGACGUAGGGAAAAACGUAGAAGGGCUUUGUUGAGCCUGCCUGGGACACAGACCUCCGGGGAAGCUGAGGAUGGUCCUCCCACAAAGCAAGUCCAUGGGGACCUAAAGGCUGAGGAAAUUGAUCAGAAAGUGGCUGAGGUUGAUAAAAAGGACCAGCCUGGCUCUGAUCAAGAUCACAAAAAUGACUUGGAGAAGGAGCUUAAAGCAACAAGGUAUGAAACUACUGACAUGGCUACCUCAGAAGUGCCAGGGGGCCAAGCCAGUCUUAACCCAGUGCCUGGGGAUGGAUUGCACCGGGCUGGUUUUGAUGCCUUUAUGACAGGUUAUGUGAUGGCCUAUGUGGGAGUGAUCCAGGGACCACAGUCCUGCAGCUCUGAACCCUGGCUACCCGAAUGUCACAACAAGGUAUAUCUGAGUGGCAAAGCUGUCCCCCUCACAGUGGCCAAGAGCCAGUUCUCUCGUUCCUCCAAAGCCCACAAUCAGAAGAUGAAGCUGGCUUGGGGCAGCAGCUGACCCAAUUUAUUCAGCCCAGGAAGAAAAGCUGAGAGUAGAAGGAGUUGUUUGGGUCUCUCUAGCCUGUGAAUGUCACACUCAACUACACAGAGUUAAGGUGGGAGAGCCUAACAGAUACUGGCUGCAUUGCCCCUGGACCUUUUCCUUUACCCCAGAGGCUGAGGUAUGAGGGUACAAGUAAGAAGGCUGACCAGCACCUGCAACACCAACUUUAUUUUUAAAUCUGAAAGUGUCUUGGAAGAGUUUUACCAAAAAAUCAACAGAAACGAGUUAUGAAAAUAUUUGACCAACUUCA